AUGUCUUCAGAAAAGUUUGAAGACCUCGAAGAUGAACUAAAAACUCUACAAGAAGAUAUAAGUGGGAAAAUAACCAACAAAAUCCCAAGAUUAACUGGAGGUAAGAGCGAGCAGCCACUUGUUUUAAGUUUAUAUUCAAGUAUUUAUCACAUAAAUGCUUUUUUUUGUAUGUACCAGAGUUAAGGAAAAGUACAAUACGGGAAGUGGAAAAAAAGAUUGAAGAUGCAAAACUAAUUGUAAGUGUUGCCCCUAAAAUAACUUAAGUUUGAACAGCCCAAAAAAUGCGAACAGAAACCACCGUAUUUUAUUAGAGGUUAAAGAUUGUUUAAGCUAAAUUCAGCUCUUCUGUUAUUUCCAGUUAGUUGUUACUAUUGUUGAUACCUUUUUUAAAUCAUUUUCCUAUUUAAAUUUAUCAUUUCUUUUGUGUUUACACUCCGACUUUGGAUAAAGUUUAUAUCUGUCGUGUCACGUGAGCUCAGUAAAAGGUGAUAUCAUAGUAAAAUGAUGGAGGAGGGAUGAUGUGGGUAUAGAUUUUACCUUGUCAUUUAUAUUUUAGUGGAAGGGGCUGAUAAAGCAAGUUCAGUUUUUCCAACCCUGUCUUAUUUUAUGAAAUAAAAAAGUGAUAUCCUCACUUUUUGAGGGGGACGUGGGGGUUUACUUAAUUGCGGUAUUGGGCUUUUUUUCAAAGGGUAUUUCAGUAAUUUUGAUUUUAAUGGGCGGUAUUGUGGUAUCAUGUAGCCCUAGGGUAUGCGGUUUUUUAUCCUUCUGGCUGACGGUAUUUGGUGAAAGAAGAUCCUUCUCAGUAUUGUGGUACCGUUCAUUUGCAUCCUCCUGUCUAAUGCGAGUGAAUAUUUGGAAAACUUUACUUCAGACUUAACUGUAAAUGAUUACAUAAUUUGUGACAGUUAAUAUACAGAGGAAUUGUCAUUGGAUCUAAUGAUCAGUCUUUUCGAUCAUUGCACCGAUAAAUUGGAGGUCUUCUCACGUUUUCUAGCAAUGGCUGAGGUUGAUUUCUUGUGCAUACAUGCUUGAGUUAAACAAACACGCGGAUUGGAUACAACUUUAAGUAAGCGUGACCAAUCAUAAAUGCGGUAUCGGUAUUUCGUCUAUUCUCAACACAGUAUUUUGGUAUUUGCCAAUUUUUCCUCCGAUAUUGGGUACCCCCCAAUGUCCCCCUCCUUUUACACUGCAUUCAGCACUGAUUGCAGCAAAGUAAGCCUGUUUAGAAAUUGCAGGCUCUGUAUUGGAAAUAAAUAAAAAUUAUUAAUAACAAUUAAGUCUUUAUUCUUCUUCAAAUAUCUUUGAAUAUCUUUUGAUUUUGUUAGAUUGAGGAGAUGGAAGAAGAAGCCAGCUUUGCUCCUGGUGCUUACAGGAAUUCCUUGAUGUCCAAAGUACGAAACCACAGAAGAAAUCUUGAUCAACUCAGAAGGGAUCUGGUAAGAUUAAAUUGUUUAAAAAUUGAUUAAAUUGUUUAAAAAAAAAAAAAAAAAAAAAAGAUUAAAUUGUUUAAAUAGUAAUAUUGUUUCUGUUGUUGAUAUGAAGAACAUUUUGCAGAUUUUGUAUCAUUUUUGUUUUUUCAAUUAAGGCAAAACCAAGUGGGCAAGUAAAUGUGUCAUUUGGAAGAGAAGAACUUUUUGAUUCAGAUCCUAUGGUAAGCUAAUAUUAUUAACCCCUGCACAGUUAACAUGAAAUUUUCAAAUAUCAGAUUGUGUUCCAAAAAGAAGUUUAAGAAUGAAAUUCCCAUGCUAAAUUUUAUAGAGCUCAAGUGCUAAACUGAUACAAACAUUGCACUAGUUGUUAUGUGGCUAAAUGUAAUUAAAGCAUAGUUAACCCAUUCACUCCUGGAGAUUUUGCCGAAAAACGCGUUUUGAAGUUAGUCGAGUGGUUUUCUGGUCACUGUCAUGCUAUAAAGAGCUAAAACUUACCACAAACCGCUUUACAGAUCGUACCCUUGAUGGCCUUCUGAUCCAGAUGCAAAAUAUCAGCUUGCGAACUUCGGGCAUGCGCAGAAAGCAAAAUUUCGACAUAGUUUUUGGGUUUAAAAGUGACACAGCAGUCUUGACUUUUACUUUUCACCUUCUCUCCUCCCCUCUUUUUUCGCUUUUCUUGCCUCAUUUUUUUUUCUCUUGCUGGGCAUUUAGUAGGCUUCAUUUUGGUGGGAAUAGUUUUUCGGAAAGCUUUUAGGAUCUUAGGAUUAGGUGAAAGGAAAGGUAGGUGGGCAAUGGAACAAGAUUUUCAUGGAGAUUUUCAGGUCAAUGUUACAUGGUUUUUUGCCUCUUUCUCCGGUUUCCUUGACUGAAUUGUGCUCAUUCUGGUAUGGUUUGAAAGAUCUCUUCACUCUGCACAAGUUAGCGGGCAAAGUUGUCCUUGACCGUUAAAACUGAUGACGUCACAAAGGGUAGAAAGGACGUGGAUCCGCACGGGCGGUUACGGGCGGUUCAGGGGCGAAUGGGUUAAACAUGAGACAGUGCUGGAUAGCAGUCUCCAUCUUUUAUUACCUAUGUAGGGCAGUCUUUGGGAAUUUGCAGGGCUCUAGUCAUUUUACAGCACUUUCAUUGAGGUCAAUCAUUUCACUCAUAUUGCCCUCAGUUGUCAGUCACUUCAGUUGGUUUUGCUUCCUCCCCUUCCCUCUGCAGCUGGAUGUCCCUUGGUAAGUCUCUACAAAAAUCUCCACUGAGAUUUUCAGUGUAACAGUGCAUGGUGGUUGCCACUCACAGGGUUAUCAAACGAUGUGAAGUCACAUGGUUGAAAAAUACAUAUAUUAAAUUGAGCAUUAACAAGUCACACCCAUAAGUUGGACAAUAUUGCCAUUAGAAUAUAUGACUUGAAAAAUCUCAGCAAAAAUUAUUUUAAAUGUUAUUGUUAUUCUAAACUAACUAAUAAUUCAUUUCAGAAACGCUUUUAAAUUUGUACAAGAAACUAAUUUACUUCUAUGGCAUUAUUUCAUUAGGCUCCGCAGAGAAACAAAGUGAUGCGUGGAACUGAGACUUUAAACAGAGCCUCAGAAAGUAUUGCAAGAUCUACCAGAGUUGCUGUAGAGACUGGUAAGUUUAUUAACACAUAGAUUCAGGGCUGUAGUCUAGCUGGGCACCCGUGAUUUCACACGCUCAGAGCACUGGGCUUCCUUCAAUUUUCCUUAGUGCACAGCGUUGAGAUCAAAUACUCUUGACUGUUUACAAGCAGUCAUUACAGCUGCUAAAGGAGGAUCAAGAAGAUAUCCAUGAGCCUACCUCUCCCAACUGUGGUACCCUGGACCAAUACCAGACCGUAGCAUUGUGGCAUUGCCCUACUUUUUUGGGAAAUGCGGCACCAUAUAUAAUUAGCCCAAGAGGCUCCAAGGGCACCAAGAAGGAAAAAAAAACAUAUGACAAAACAUAUGUAAGCAUCCAUACACAUAGAUACAUGUCCCUAUAAUACACAGCUGUAAGCCAAAAUUUAAUUGGUUAUUGUAUCUUUAGAAAACACACGUCAUUACCUAAUACUCAGACCUGUGAAAACAUUGAGUUAACUGUAUCUAAAAAUUGUGACCUGCUUUUCUCCCUCAGCUUAGCUUCUCUAUGGGUCCUGUGGACCCCAGUGUACAAAGUCCUGGUAAGAACACUGGGCAUCAAACUGUAGGCCCUUUCUCACAACCCUUGCACGUAUUAUAAAUUCUGUGGGACCUUAAAGAACCAACGCACUUUUCAUCAACAGUACAUGUAUGAGAUGCAGUAUCUGAUGUGCUGGUGCAGGGCCUGAAAUAACAGACAGUCAACAGCCAAUGUCUGGACUGAUUGGGGAGUUGACCGGUCAACCUUUCAUAUUGCCGGUCAUGUUGACGGGUCAAUAAUUGACCUAUGACCUUCAAUAUGAUCUAAUUAUUAGAUCAUAUUGAAAAUAAAAUAAAUUAAAAUUUCCACGCUGUUCAGUUAUUUCAGUUGUUAUCAGUAUAAUAUAGCAAGUCAGUGUAUUGCGGAACUUUAAACUGAAAUUCUGGGUGAAAUGCAACUAGAAGGGUGUUUAGAAUUUGCACAUUGAAACAGACAUCAGGGUUCAUGCACCUGCAGAAAACUGAAAUAAUUAUAAUUGGAGGUGCCAGGCAAAUUGCAUUUGUAUGAUAAUGAUAUUUAAUGUGUUACAGGUUAGUGUUACAGUCAGUGUUUCUAUGAAAUAAAUACACAUAAUAAGCGUAGUUUCAUUUCUCCACUGUAAUAUAUUUUUAUUGUUGAGAAUGAGUGCUUUAAAGUGCGAUUUUAGCUCUAAGCAACGACUUUUUUGAAAAUAUGUAACGCUAGUUUUGAUUCAUGAGACCCUGUUUUAAGAGUUAUUUAUCUUAUAAAUUUGCCUGGCCAGAAACAAUGUGUGACCAAGCUAAAACGAUUUUGGCCAGUUAUCGUGUCCAGAGACUCCCCAAAAAAAAUAUUUCAAGCCCUGUGGUGUAUCUCUGAUUCACUCUCACAUUUAGGGGGCAUCACCAUUGCUUUUAAUAAUAAUGUAAACUGAACCAUAAGCAGUCUGGCAAAAGUCCCCCAACCAGUGUUUGUAAAGUAUCCCUGAAAAGCCCUGAAGGGAGUGAAUAAUAAGAUAUUUACUGAAUUGACAAUUAUUUUUACAAUUUUCAAAGGCUUUCCGUUAUUUUACAUUGUUUUUGCUGAUCUACAUUGACGUAUUUUUUAUAGAACAAAUUGGUGGUGAAAUAAUUGAAGAGUUAGGUGAUCAACGAGAGGCACUAGAGAGAACAAGAGAUAGGGUGAAGACAAUCUCAAAUUUACAUUCAUGGCUUUUACAACUAUAAAAUUAUCACAUACCUUAUUGCUUAAUGUACAUAUUAUUGUUUAUUUUUUCUGUAGCUCAAAGAUGUUGAUCAAGGCCUGGGUAAAAGCAAGAGAAUUUUAAAUAGUAUGGCUAUCAGGUAACAUAAAACAAAAAACCUUCUCAAUUGAUAUUAUUUCUGCUAGUAUCUAUUAAAGAGUGCUACUCUAAAAGAGAGUAAGAGUGCUCACCAAAACUCAGAACUGGCCAGUGGAACUGGUCAUUUCAAAAAUAAGGUCUUUUCUCAUUUUCAUGAAAAACCUGUCUCUGCAGUACAUAUUGUCAAGGAACAGGCUUUUUCGGUGGGGCCGUCUUAAAAUAUAAUGGCUUAGUUGUUGUCAUUGUUGCUAAGAUCACCCCUUUAAGGAAAUUUGAAGGAGCUCAUUAGAACAAAAGCUAGGAAGCUAGAAGCCCACUAGAAAGAACAUAUGCAGUAUUAUUUCAAAGGGUUUGAAUGACUGAUGGAAGGGAAAAGUUAUCUUAGUGUCGAGAGGGUCAUGAUUCCUCAGAAAAUUCUACUUGAAGUUUUAUUCCUCUUAAAUGUCAUUUCCGCCAUUCUGGCCCUGUAGAGUGUCAAGUCGCUUGCACGUGGCACUAGUUUAUUUGCUUCAUUCCAAACAAAAGAGACUUAUACUCACAGUCUGCCUAUUAAUAUUUUUAUGAUAUUGCAAUAUUUUUAUUAGAGAUUUCUCAGCUUAGACAGUUCUACUGAAAUCCCUUGAACAUCUCUAGAUCUACCACAGGCCAAGUGUGUGAAAGGCCAGAAAAAUAUAUUGUCAACUCUCAGUCUUAGAUGGACACUGUGGGGAUCAGCAAUAGGGCUCUGUUAACCCUUCAAGUCACAAGAAUGACUAAUGUCAAUUUUUCUUCUUACAUUUUCAAUACAUCAGAAUUUAUUAAAUGAUCAAUCCCACAACUAACAAUUGUUAUUCUCUAAGAAGAUGUAUGGAAAAAUCAGUCUGGAGAAUUUGUAUGACUCUGUGAUAUAAGGGCUUAAAGAAACGGUUAUCAGUGUAUUGUUGGUUGCCCCAUAGUGAUGUCAAGGAAGAUAACUGAAUUACGAAAAUAAUGGCAGGGAACAACACUAGAUACAUGUAUCCAUAUUUCAGGGAGAUGUUAUCCUGGCAGGAAUAGCUCAGUUGGUAGAGUAGGAGGUUGCGGGUUUGAUUCCUGGGACGGAACCAGUACUCAGGGUCUUACAUUUGUAAAAUAACUGGGAAAUUGGGAAAUGAAAGAACUGCCUUUGCCCUGCAAAUGGAUAGACCUUCCAGCUUCGUGUGCCUCUGGAAUUACUUCCGUGCUAUUACAUUGGCACUCAAAUACAGGACUUUUUUUGUUUGCCUUUCAAAGCAUUUUGUUGGGUGUCCCAGGCCACUGGACUCCCGUUAGGCAAAAUCCUUUCAACAAGUCGUACUUUUAAUUUAUUUUGUUGGUUGUAUAUGAUGUGGUUCUACCUGUAUUUUAUCCUUAGUUUAAAUUUUAUUUUCUUUUGUUUUUGGAUAUUAUAAUAAUAAUAAUAAAUUUCUUUAUUUCGCCCAUUAAAAUACAUAACAAACGUUACAAAGAGUAAAAGUAUACAAACCAUGAAAAUCGCACAGAUCAUUUACAAUUAUUAUAUAAAACCUGAUAAAACAUUGGAUAUCUAUAUUGUUAAAUUGCCAAGUUGUAUUGAAACCUUAUUCUAUUAAAAUAGCAAUUCUUAAAACGUUCUGUAUUAAUCUGUGGUAAUUGACUUGUUUGUGAUGUUAACUUCUUAGAUGACUCUUUGACUUUCGGCAAAAGGGCAUAUUUAUAAUGGAUGGUUAACAUUGUUCUUAAUUUUGGUGAACAACCUGCGGUCACACUUCUCUAAAAGGUCAUAGAUAUUAAUUAACUCAGAAGAGUAACGUCGCUUAUUGCUUAUGGUCAUGUAAGAUAAUGAUUUUGAAACAAAAUAAAACAAAAUAUAUAUUUAUGCCAAGGAUAAAAUUGAACCACAACAUAAACACGUAAGCCUGUAUCUUUGACCAAACAGCUGGAUAUUGGCCUAGUUUUUAUGGGCCAAGACUUAGUCAAGGUCCUUUGAAAUGCAAAAGAAUAACAAGCUUGGUUGAAAUGAAAGAUUUAUUGUAUGGCCAGAACAAAGAUUAAUCUUUUCUUGUGGAAGUAAGCAGGAAAUUGUUCAAUCAUUAUAUGUUUACAUGUAUGUGACUGAUCCUAAACUAUUUUGGUUUUCUUUUUAUUUCAGGAUUGCAACAAACAAGUUGAUAUUGCUUUGCAUUAUCUUGGUAGAGUUGGCCAUCUUGGCUGCUGUAGUAUAUUUAAGGUUUUUUAAGAAAUCAAAGUCGAAAAAAAAGAGUUAG